GCCCGCGGAAUGAGAGGGACAGGAGCUGCCGGAGGUAGCCGCCCACUCGAGCGCGUGUGAGAAGCACUGGACGGCGACAGCUUAGGCAGGCAGUAGCUAAGCUAGAGGAGAGCUUGAGCUGAGCAGAGGCAUGGACUGGGAUCUCAAGGCGCCGGGCGCGUGGGACCUCGCGGAGCUGGAGCACGACCACGCGGGCGGCGCGGCGGCGGCGGCGGUGGGGCCGUCUGGCGGGCACGGCAAUGCGGCCGCCACGGCGUACCGCCCGCCCGGGGCGGCCGAGUGCUCGGUGGACCUGAAGCUGGGCGGGCUGGGCGAGUGCGAGCUCGGCGCGGCGCCGAGCAGCAGGGAGCGCGCCGCCGCGGCGGGGAAGGCCCCCGUGGCGCCGGCGGCGGGCUCGUCGUCGCCCGGGCCCGGCGCGCCGGCGAAGCGGCCGCGCCCGGGGGGCGGCGCGGGGCCGCAGCACCACCACCACCAGCAGCAGUGCCCGUCGUGCGCGGUGGAGGGGUGCACGGCGGACCUGAGCAAGUGCCGCGACUACCACCGGCGGCACAAGGUGUGCGAGGCGCACUCCAAGACCCCCGUCGUCGUCGUCGCCGGCCGCGAGAUGCGCUUCUGCCAGCAGUGCAGCAGGUUUCACUUACUUGCGGAGUUUGAUGACACCAAGCGCAGCUGUAGAAAGCGCCUAGAUGGGCACAAUCGCCGCCGCAGGAAGCCACAACCAGAUACCAUGGCUUCUGCAAGCUUCAUGGCGAGUCAACAAGGAACACGAUUCUCACCGUUUGCAGCACCGAGGCUUGAUGCGAACUGGCCGGGCGUAAUCAAAACAGAGGAGAGUCCAUAUUACACUCACCACCAAAUCCCUCUGGGCACCAGCAACAGGCAGCAUUUCGUCGGCGCGUCGUCUGCUUACGCCAAAGAAGGCCGACGCUUCCCUUUCCUGCAGGAGGGCGAGAUAAGCUUCGCCACCGGCGUCGUGCUGGAGGCCCCGGCUUCAGCUCGCCAGCCGGUCCUCAAGGCGGCAGCACCUCCCGAGAGCAGCAGCGGCAGCACCGGCGGCAAGAUGUUCUCCGACGGGCUGACCCGUGUGCUCGACUCGGAUUGUGCUCUCUCUCUUCUGUCAGCUCCGGCGAACUCCUCCGGUAUCGACGUCAGCAGGAUGGUCCGGCCCACUGAACACGUGCCCAUGGCGCAGCCCGUGGUGUCGGGCCUGCAGUUCGGCAGCUCGUCGUGGUUCUCGCGCCCCCAGGCCUCCGCGGGCGGCGCCGCCGUCGCGGCCACGGCCGGGUUCCCCUCUUGCCCCGUGGUGGAGGGCGAGCAUCCGCAGCUGAACACCGUGCUGGGCUCCAACGACAACGAGAUGAAUUACGGCGGGAUGUUUCACGUCGGCGGCGGCGGCGCCAGUGGCGGUGGUGGCGAGGGCUCCUCGGACGGCACCUCCUCGUCUCUGCCCUUCUCGUGGCAGUAGUUCUCAGCGGCUGUUCUUGCGUGCUUCCGAUCCCCGGUAGAGCUCCUCGGUUUAGUGAAUGAUCGCUGAUCAGCAUUGGUUCCUGUGUUUUCUUUCUGCAUUCAUUUUCUUGAAUCCAUUCUACUCGCCAGCAUUCGUGUGGACAACAAUCUGAGCAUAAUUCGAGUGCUCAUUUUCCUGAAGUUAUCUUUGCAA